UUCCGAGCUAAACCAGAACACCGGUACCUGACUGUAGAGAUAGAAGAACGGAGGUCUAAGGCAAGCGGAAGUGCUUGCAAAAAAGGUACAAAGUUAAACGGAACAUGCAGAGAUAAAUAUGCGCCUUUCAGAAAAUGUCACUGAGAGUUUUGUCAUGUUGGGCAUUAUAAGACUGACCGAAUCCUCACUUUCUUAAGAAGCAUGAGUUUUUCCUUCACUGGAACCUAGAACCGCUCUUGUGGAGUCCAUCAGUGGAGUCUGGAAGGGGGCCAGAUCCCGUGGACCUACCAUGGAGAAAAUGGCAAGAGUUACCACAGCCCUGGGAGGCAAUACCCUGACAGGACGCACCAUGUUUUGCCACCUGGAUGCCCCUGCUAAUGCCAUAAGUGUUUGCCGGGAUGCAGCUCAGGUUGUUGUUGCGGGACGUAAUAUUUUUAAGAUUUAUUCUUUGGAGGAGAACCACUUUGCAGAAAAACUGAACCUUAGGGUUGGGCGCAAACCUUCUCUUAAUUUCAGUUGUGCAGAUGUUGUGUGGCACCAGAUGGAUGAGAACUUACUGGCUACAGCUGCCACUAAUGGUGUAGUGGUGACUUGGAACCUUGGCAAACCAUCCAGGAACAAGCAGGACCAACUCUUCACAGAACACAAAAGGACAGUGAACAAGGUCUGUUUUCACCCCACAGAGGUUUACAUGCUCCUUAGCGGGUCACAAGAUGGAUAUAUGAAGUGCUUUGACUUGCGCAAGAAAGACUCAGUCAGCACGUUUUCAGGUCAGUCAGAAAGCGUGAGAGAUGUGCAAUUUAGCAUCCGUGACUACUUUACCUUUGCUGCAACUUUUGAGAAUGGGAAUGUGCAGUUGUGGGACAUCCGGAGGCCAGAUCGUUGCGAGCGCAUGUUCACCGCACACAAUGGUCCUGUCUUUUGCUGUGACUGGCAUCCUGAGGACAGGGGUUGGCUAGCCACUGGUGGCCGUGAUAAGAUGGUGAAAGUUUGGGAUAUGAACACCAACCGUGCCAAGGAGAUAUACUGUGUGCAGACUAUUGCAUCAGUCGCCAGAGUUAAGUGGCGGCCUGAGCGGAAGUACCACAUUGGGACUUGUUCUAUGAUGGUAGACCAUAACAUCUAUGUAUGGGAUGUGCGUCGACCUUUUAUCCCAUUUGCAACAUUUGAGGAGCACAAAGAUGUAACCACAGGCAUUGUGUGGCGCCACCUUCAUGACCCUUAUUUUCUUUUAUCAGGCUCCAAGGAUAGCACUCUGUAUCAGCAUAUUUUUAGAGAUGCCAGAAGGCCUAUAGACCGUGCCAAUCCAGAAGGUCUUUGCUAUGGGCUCUUUGGUGAUCUUGCUUUUGCAGCCAAGGAAAGUCUUAUUUCCUCAUCCUCUGCUUCAACUGAUGCUAACAGAAAGCCAUACGACAGGCGGCAUCCAAUCUUCUUCCUUAGAAAGCCAGAUACUACUGAACAAUUUGAAAAUAUUUCAAGUGGUCUUUGUGUAUUUGAAGCUGUGGGUGGUGAUAUGGGCUGGUUUGUUGCCACAGCUGAGCAGUAUAUUCUUGCAGGGAAAUCUCUGGCAGAGCUAUGCGACCACAAUGCCAAAGUAGCUAGAGACCUUAAUAGAUGGCAGGUUGCUCAGACAUGGACAAUGUUAAGAAUUAUCUACUGUAGUCCGGGCACCGUGCCGCCUGCCAACCUCAAUCACAGCAUGGGAAAAACUUGCAAUGCUCUGCCACUACUUAACAGCUUCAACCUCAAAGAAAUGCCGCCUGGUCUGGGCAGUGAGGUGCGACUCGAGCACAGCAAAGGAGAUAGCCGAGCUGACAGUAUUUUAAUGGACCCUACUGCCAUAAAUAAUGAUGAGAAUGAGGAGACUGAAGGCAGUGAUGUUCCAGCAGAUUACUUGUUAGACGUGGACGGGGAUGAGGAUGAGCUGUACAUGGUGGACCAUGAGCAUCCUCACACAGAGGAACAAGAAUAUGUCCUUCCACAAGAAGCUUUUCCUUUACGUCAUGAGAUAAUGGACAAUCCUUCAGCCUUGGACCAUCUACAGGACAAGGCUGACUCACCUCAUGUGAGCGGAAAUGAAGCAGAAACUGUCUCUCUGACUCCAGUGGAGUCGUUCUCACUCAUCUCUAUUUCACACUCCUUGUACGAAAACCGGUUACCCUCUGACUUCUUCAGUCCAACUGUACGUGACAUGUUGUGCUUCUAUGCCGAACAGGGGGAUGUACAGAUGGCAGCUUCAGUCCUCAUCGUUUUAGGGGACAGAAUACGCAAGGAGAUAGAUGAACAAAUACAGGUGCAGACAAUGUGCCAGUAUGUGUGCUGUGUGUCACCACGUUGUAAAGGGCCUUUUCGUUUGGUGUCAGGGUUGUGGCCAUGGUGGGCAUCUUCAGCACAUCAUGAACUGGAUGCAGACCAACUCUCACUGCCCUGCUGGCUGUGGCCACCUCUGUGAAUACAGCUGAUUUUUGUGGAAUUUUAACUUGUGUGUGGCUCCCCAAGACUGUGUACCUUUCCUAUAUAUGAUAGAAGGAACAACGACCCUAGUGUAUUACCUCCUUGAUUUUUUCCAUCAAACAUACCCUAAAUCGCACCUUUUAAUUUAAACAAUCUUUAUCAAUUAAAAUCCUUGAAUCCUGCGUCUUCUAACCACAGUCCAUUAAAAUGAUAACUAUAUAAGAAGUUCCACACCAGGCUUAUACUGUUGUGUACACACCUAGAAAAUUUAAUUUCAUUCAAAUAUUUUUGCAAGUGUCCAAACAUGGUAUUUGUUCCUGUUUACCUAGCAAACCAGUGCUUUGUUACAACACACCUCUUUUUUUUUUUUUUUUUUUUUUUAUAUGUAUCUUCCAAGUCUUAAAGUUCAUCAUCUGAUCUCUGGCUAAGAAAUCGCAUUUGUAAAGAGAGAAAAUAUGUAAACAGUAGUUCCAUUAUAUAAAUGUAGAUAUACAGUCUUUUUAUUAAA